UGGAUAUUGAGUGUCAAGCUACGUCAUUGGUGGAAAAGUGACAGAGUAUCGCACGGACCAAUCGGGAGCCUGGAUACCAAAGUUGUGCGCGACUGAGACGCCACCUGUCGCGUGAACACGCCGCGUUCAUUGAAUAACCCGCCCGGACUGUUUUAUUGACGCAAGCGCACUGAGGCCCAACAAAGGGCCGAAAUAAGAACGGUUCGCAAGUGAAUCUGAUGUAUUUAUGUCAUAAAAAUGGUGAAAUCUGUGAAGUGGCGAGUAGAAAUUAGGAUAUUCGACGUGUCGAAUCAUGACCGAGGCAUCUGAAAAUGCCUAUUUGGUGCGGGUGCGUGCACAGGUUAUGUGCCGCGACGAGGGCACCGGGGGCUGGGUGGCGCUCGGCGGCGGCGGGCUCGCUGAUGUCAUGGUCGGGAAGCGAGCCCGCGCCCAUAGGGCCUCAGCUGGGGGCGAGAGUAAUGGUGAGAUGGCAGUGCCCGGUACAUCGACAUCCACGGUAGUCGCGGCGGUCGCACCUACGCACGAAUACUUUAUACAUGGGAAGCGCAUCAGCGAUGGCUUGGAAGUCCUAGAAUGCACUAUAAAGAAAGACUUCCAGUACAACAAGGUGAUGCCCACGUUCCACCACUGGGUGACGGACGAGAAGCGCUUCGGCCUGACCUUCCAGACCGCUGCUGACGCCCGCGCCUUCGACAAGGGCGUGAGGACCGCCAUCGAAGAACUGCUCGACGCGCCGAAAGAAGAGGACGAGGAAUCUAAUAUCUUCGAGUGUCUGAACCUGCCGUGCGAGUCGCGGUCGAGCUCGGAGAACUCGACGGCGAGCCGGCGCCGCCCGCCCGACGACAUCACGCAGACGCCCAUCCUCUCCGCCAUCACGCUGCCCAGGCAUCCGCUCUCAGACUCACUGACGCAGUACGAGACUCAGUUCGACGAAACCGUGCACGCGGUGGAAGAACCGGAAAUCGAACGGUGUCCCUACGUACAUCUGUCUGCUGUGCACGAGUACACGUACCCGGCGGUGAGUGCGAGCGCGACCAUCAGCUCGGAGAUGUCCUCGCCCAACACCAAGCCGCCGCUACUCAAGCGGGACUCCGGGUCGAUGAAGAAGGGCGGCAGUGGUGGUUACAACAGCGGUCCGCCGCCGCUGCCGGACAAGAAGCCCGCGGAGGCUACAUUCCAGGCGCGGAUCAAGUGCAGGCAUUGUCACGAGUGGUACUUGGAGAGCGCGAACCGCGCGGGCGCGUGCGAGUUCGCUCCGGAUUGCUUCCGAUCGUGUAUCGACUGCGUCUCGUGCAUCAAGUGCGCGCAGUGCAUGUUGUACCACUGCAUGGCGGACGCGGAGGGCGACUUCGCGUUACAUCCCUGCGCGUGCGCUCCGCCCGACGAGGCCUGCGCUAAACGUUGGAUGGGCGUGAGCCUGCUGAGCGUGCUGGUCCCGUGCCUGUGGUGCUACCCGCCGCUGCGCUGCCUGCACGCCGCCGCGCGCCUCGCGCACUCCGCCGGCGGCAUGCACGCGCCCGCGCAUCCGCACGUCGCGCCCGCAUAGCCGGGACUCAAACCCCGCGCCACGCGCCAACCUCGCUACUCAUAACACAUAUACAAGGCAAGAGGUUACACCGCCGGUCGUAAACUGAACGUUAAAACAUCCUGUGUAACGCAAGGUACCCCUCAAUAGCCUGUAUAAAGGUGCCAGGUUAUACCCAGUGGUCAGUAAAGUGUUUUUCAUUCUGAAUAAGAUGCGAAGCAGUCAGCACACUGUGUUGAAAGCGUGGGUAGUAUACCUAAUGGGAAUUAACAACCUGUGUAAGGCGCGAGGUUAAAAAAACGCACUAAAAUCAUAACAACUUGUGUACAAGACGCGAGGCAAAUCUUCUUUGAACAUCUGAAGUGAAGAAGACAUUAUGUAUGCACUGUUCUUCGUCAUAAUCCCAGUUUGCCUAAAUAUUGUUUAAUAUUUGAAGAUAUUAUGCGAUAUUUAUAUAGAUUGCGGUUGUAAUUACAAUUGUACUUUGUGGUUAUAAAAAUAUAGUUCAAGAAAUGAAGACAAAAACAUUGGCUGAACGAAAUAUCGUUAAAAAAUAAUUAAAAAUUUCUAAAUAUACAAGAAUAUUAACCCGACCAACCACAAAAUGGACAAAGAACAGUGCGAGUAACGUGUCAAAAGUGCGGAAAAAUCUAAAAACAUUAGCGGGGGCAAAAUAUUCGGAGAUAGACGAACGGACAAGCGGUUCACUAUAUCACCGCUUCAAACAAAUGGAUAUACGGAAAACAGAUUUCACCAGAUAGAUGGAAUAGAAAGGAAGGAAUGAAAGCAUGGCUUUCUCAACCAGAAAGAUGGUAUAUGUCAUGUGGAAAUACAAAAUAAAUUGAGACAAUGUCUACAAGAUUGUGUUUUAAUAUGUUGUCUCAGGAAUACAUGACAGAAAUAAAGGAAAAGUGUUGACAAAACGAAGGCACUAUCAUGAUAUAAAUGCAUCAGAUUGAUGAACCAAAAUUAUUUAUUAAAAGGAAACACAUCGAACCGUUUUUUCUAUUUAAAAAAUAAUAAUAAAUAUAAAAUCGCUACUAAAUUUCCUUUAUCGAUAACACGCUGAGGCGUUCGAUAAGAUCGGUCACAACAAUGUGAAACACUACUCGCAAUAAAUGAAAAAAAAAAUAUCCAGAAAACGUGGUAUUUUGAUAGAAAGCGCCAUUUUGGCCAUUUAGUAUUCAUUUCUAUUAAAUAAGUGUUAUUUAAUAUACAUGCACAAGAAGAAAAAAAAACAAACACUGCGAAUCUUUCCCAUAGAUGUACGUAUUUUUAGAUCUGACAACCCAAGAAGCUAAAACCUCUAUAGUAUUAAUUAUUUUUAUUUCGUAACGCAAAGGAACGUGGUUAAAACAAAGCCAGUGGCCAGUGUUGCAAGACAUUUUUUCAUGAUAGCAACACUGAGAGCAACAGUGAAGUGACAAUGUCGAUGUAUCGACACGAAACGUGUUUUGGAGGGUGGCAACAAUUUUUUUCUUUCGCUUUUUUAUACCCAGUGUCAAAGUUAUAGUGUUGCUGUGUACGGUGUUGCCACUGUAAGACUUAUUCGGUGUUUUAGCGAAAUAAAUUCGCAUCGAAUUGGGCUAAUUCAAUUCGCCAUGGUCUUUGAUGUGAAUCGUAGUGUUGGGUAACAUUUUAGCUUAUUAAUUUUUAAUUUAAACGCCCAACACUAUUUAUAUUUAAAAUGUUAUAUUGUGCCAUAAAUAUGUGUUUUUAAAUAAUCUUUUUCUUUUACAAUUUCUGUCUUCCAUGACUUAGGAUUGAUUUUAAAAAGUUUAAAAUUUAUGAUUGUUAUUUAAAAAUGGUUGGAUUUGUUAUUUGUGAUGAGUUGUUCGAGAAUAUAUGCUAUUUCUAUUGAUUGAUGUAAUCAUUACAAAGUAUAUGAUAUACAAAAUGUUAACAUAUCCCAUUCAUUGUUAUAUAUUUAACAUUUUAAACGCUUCUUUACUUGUCUAGCCUAAGUUUAAAUAAAUGUUUAAAAUUUGAAAUUUAAAUUUCAUGUUUUAAAUUUAAAUUCUUUUAAAAAAAAAUGUUUAACGUUUGUUUAUUUCUUAACAAUUUAUUUAAAUUGAGGCUAGAUCUUUUAAAAAUAUUUGUACUAAGAUUAUGCAUUCUUUUUUAAAUUAGAUUUAUUUGAAAAAUACGGGUAGUAUUGUUACCUAGACAGCGGCAUUUUUUUUUCAAAGUUGUAAUUUUUCUAUAAUUAUUAUUAUCAUAAAAAUAAAAAUUAAUGUGUAUUGUAAAUUUUAAUAUUCGUAAUGUCAUUGAAACAAAGCGUCAUAUUUAUUAUUAGUGUUAUAAUAUAGUUGACAUUAAUCAGUUGGUUGAAAUUAAAUAUAAUAUCAAUGUUUCAAGUAAUUAUGUAUGUCUACUGCAUAGGUUUAAGUAAAAAAAAAGUUUUUUAUAAAACUUCACACAAACAUACAAACACGUUCACCGUACAAAGUUAAUGUUGUCUAGUCUAUGGAUCAGUAUUUUUUCAAAAACAAAAAUCAUUCUCACUAAAAAAAUAUUCCUUUUAGUUUGAAUUCGAAAAAAUAAAAUGACCAAAAUGUUUUUGUAUAUUUAUAAAUAAGAGAAGUAUUCACGAAAAUGGUUCCGGUUAUCUGUUUAUGAGGUGUUACACUCAAACGAACAUUUACAAAUUAUUAAAGUAAUAUUUUUAACGGGAUAUGAAUAUAAAAUCUUCUAAGUUUUCGUAAGAUUUGAGGGCUCACUUAUGAAAAUUACACAAGAUUUUAUAUUUCGAUUUGCGGUUGCGAUCCCUUGGAUCACAGUCGCGAAUGCGUCAGGAUCGUUUACAUUUAAAAUAGCAAAAUACAGUUUCAAGUUUAAAAAACCGGUUUUAUCCAGUGUCACACUUCUCUACAGCGAACACCCGAACCUUUUUCGUAAAAAUUUGUUACUCCGUAAAAAUGAGAAACUUUAAUAUUGUAUCAAAAUAAGUAAAUGUAUUCAAUGUUUAAUUAUAAAAAAAAUAAUGUAUUUUAACUGUUUUUUAACGUAAAACAUCAAAAAAGGUUGACGCAAUCAAUCACUAAUUAGUUGUAUGAAGAGACUUUAAAUAUUUACUGUAGUAAAUUUUAAGAAUAAUUAAAAAUCAGUGUUUAGUGUCUUUAAGCGUAUUGGUAUCAAAUUUGAUUAAAAACCAAAGUUAUGUGUAAAAGAAGGUUUGUGCGUAAGCACGGCCUGAUAUGGUUGUUUAAAAUGAACAUAAAUGUAUUGAAAAAUAUGAAAUAAAUAAUCGUACAUAAAUGUG